GAACAGUCAAGUCUACGCGCUGGCGGAAGGACACAAUUUUAGACGUCAUCGUUGUGCUUCGGCUAUCGCCAAGCAAAAAUGUCUGCCUAAGGGAAACUCGCAAGUUACAUAGUGGAUAUUUGCAAUAUACAUUCGCAAGAGAUACCGAUUUCAUUAUCUUUCCGACGCGAGACAAGGAACCCCACGCCGUCACUGGCACACCCGAUCGCCCUAGUUGGAUUUUUGACAACAAAAAAGAUUUAGAAAAGGAUAGGAAGGAUGAACCCUCAGCAGAGGAUUGCCGCUAUCGGGACGGAUAAGGAGCUGAGUGAUCUGCUGGAUUUCAGCGCGAUGUUUUCUCCACCUGUAAACAGUGGGAAAAACAGGCCGACCACUCUUGGAAGCAGCCAGUUCAACACAACAGGUAUGGAUGAGAGGACAAGCCAAGCAUCAUGGGCCUCAGGUAGCCAGUCCAGCCCGUCCUACGAGUCCUCCAGGGAGUUUGGAGACCGCACUCAUUAUGCUGAUCAGUUGAGUGACAGUCGAUUAGUGUCCCAUGAAGGAUUGUCCCCAACACCUUUCAUGAACUCCAGUAUAAUGGGCAAGUCUGAGAGGCCUCCGUUCUCUGGUUAUGGAAGAGAGCCAGGUGUCUCUGGAUGCCAGCCUAGUCUGAGGUCGGACAUAGGACUGGCAAGCCCAGUGCCCGUCACCACCUCUGGGAAGUCGCCCACUCCGUUCUACUCGUAUACUGGCUCCAAUCCACGAAGACGCUCCCUACAGGACUCCGCUUCACUGGAUCCUCAUCAAGCGAAAAAAGUGCGCAAGCCCCCUCCUGGCCUGCCUACAUCUGUGUAUGCACCAUCUCCCAGCUCAGAUGACUUCAACAGAGACUCUCCAUCCUACCCGUCCCCCAAACCCCCCAGCAGUGUGUUUGGAAGCACUUUCUUUGAUGGGACCCACAAUUCCUCUGACCUGUGGAACUCGUCCAGUGGGAUCAGCCAGCCAGGCUAUGGGGGAAUGCUGGGAGGAUCUUCAUCUCACAUGCCACAGUCUGGAAACUACAGCAACCUGCACUCACACGACCGCCUGAAUUACCCACCGCACUCAGUGUCGCCCACAGACAUCAACGCUAGCCUACCACCCAUGUCCAGCUUCCACCGCGGCAGUGCCAGCACCUCACCCUUCGUCGCAGCAUCUCACACCCCACCAGUCAACACCGCAGAGGGAGUUAUGUCUGCUGCCAACCGAGGGAACACCACUGGAAGCUCUCAGACUGGAGACGCGCUGGGAAAAGCCCUGGCUUCGAUUUAUUCUCCUGACCACACCAGCAGUAGUUUCCCCUCAAACCCCUCCACUCCAGUGGGCUCUCCCUCUCCUCUGACGGCUCAGGUGGGCGCUGGCACAGCAGGUACAGUGGUGACGGCCAGCGGCCCCACAGGAAGGGCAGGUACAACUCAGUGGCCACAUGCAACUGGACAGGCACCUUCCUCCCCAAACUACGAGAACUCCCUUCACUCUCUAUCUCGGAUGGAGGACCGGCUGGACAGGCUGGACGAUGCAAUCCAUGUCCUGCGGAAUCACGCUGUGGGCUCCACUGCCGCCCUGUCUAGUGACAUCCACAACCUGUUAGGACAAGUGCACAACGGUCCAAUCUCAGCCAUCGGCACCAGUUUCCUGGCUUCUGGAUUGGUCACCAACCGAACAGCACAAAUGGGCUCUGUUCACCGCGAAGAGACCGUCAGCCUGAACAACAACCACGGCGGCCUGCAGGCCAACACCGGUCCCACCUCCAGUUCGGAGCUCAACCACCCGGCAGACACGUUCAGAGCAAUCGCUAGCGCUCUGGCCGGUCAAAUUGCUUCUCCUCUGGACCUGAAGAUCGAGAAUCAAGAAAAAGAUGAAAUGCACGAUAACCAAUCCUCCGACGACCUCAAAUCAGACGAUGAGAGUGAUAAGAGGGAUAUGAAGCAAACUCGGGGAAGCACUCGUCCAAGCAGUGUCAAUGAAGACGAGGACCUGAACCCCGAGCAGAAGGCAGAGCGCGAGCGAGAUAGGAGGAUGGCCAACAACGCCCGAGAAAGGCUGCGAGUCCGGGACAUCAACGAGGCGUUCAAAGAGCUGGGCCGCAUGUGUCAGCUGCACUUGAAGAGCGAGAAGCCCCAGACCAAACUGCUCAUUCUUCACCAGGCCGUCACUGUCAUUCUCAACCUCGAACAGCAAGUCAGAGAGAGGAACCUAAACCCCAAAGCAGCCUGCCUUAAGAGGAGGGAGGAAGAGAAAGUGUCAGGGGUUUCAGGUGACCCCCAGCAAGCCCACCCGCCUGUGCACCCGGGCCUCACAGACACAUCCAACCCCAUGGGCCAUCUGUGAACAGCCAGAUCAAAUAAAUGGAGUGUGUUAGACAGUCGGCGACCUUGCUUUCCACGGGCGGACAGGACUCACAGUUUGUGACACAAAUUUGAAAAGACAGACCACUCGAAGCAAAAUUCCACCGUUAAGCAAUCCUGAGAUAGAAGAAAACUGGCAAGUGCCCAGCUCCCUGUGAAGACAUCCCAUAUCGAUAAGCAACUUUCUGCCCACCGGAGAAAAAAAAAAAUCAUAUCAAGCAUAAAAGCCCCUCAGCACAUAUCGCUGUCUGCAAGCCGUGUGCCGCAGCUGUACAAUCAGAGACUGUCGCCACCCCCUCCACCCUGUACGUGGAAGAUGCCUUGUGCCUAAACUGAAUUGAUGAAUGCAUUGUAACAGCAGUUGUUGUUGUUUUGGUUUCUUUGUCUGUUUGUUUUUUCCUAUUUAUUAUGUUACUGAGCUGUAAGUCUAUGUUUAAAGGGAAAGUUCUGCCAUUGCUCUGAGAAGCUGGUGGCGUUUCAGUAGAUCUGCAGUUUGUCGUGUGCUGUCCGCAGCCUCUCUCUCCUGUCGGUCUGUGGAAGGGCCUCUCCAAUCGAUGAGAUUACCGUAUUCAGAUCAAAUCGCAUGCCCUCGUGAAAGAAUCUGAUGGUGUUUGAGCGUUCAAAGACUCAAGGAUCCCUGUGUCUAAAAAAAGAAAAAGAAAUAAUAUAUUAUUUAUAUUUAUCAUACAUUCAUUCCACAAAUAACAGCAUGAGAAACCAAAACUACCUAAUUCUUUAUGACGUUUGUUGAUAGUGUAGCUCAGAGUCCUCAUCCCAGACAGAAAGUUAUGAACAGCCUGUGCUUUUUCGACCAGAUUCCCUGUGACGUGGAGACGAUGGUGGAACGGCAAACUCUGGCUUUACUGAAAGGUCAAAGGUCAAGCACAAGCUGACAUGUUUAUACUCAUUAGUGAGCAGUACAGAUACAGAAAGCAGAAAGUUACAAAACCCCAGCAUUCCCUGCAUAUUUCUUAGUGUCUUAAACAGGAAAGGGGACGCAGUCUCGUUCUUUUGAUUCCUUUGCCAUAUAGUGUUAAGGGUAAAGCGAAAGACGUAUUUCCGAUUCAGUUUGUAUUCAAGCGUUACUUUAUUUGGUCGAAGAGCCGUGGUUAUGCCGAGGCCAUCUGUACUGAGGAAUCUCUGUUAUACCGCGAGACAUGGCACUGUUGGAAAAGAGUUGGAUUUAAAACGAAGACCAUUCAUUCACCUGGCCUGAAUUGAAGUUUUGUUUUGUGUUCUUUUCUUUUUCUAAAACCAUUAACAAUUAAAAAAAGAGAAAAAAAAGUAACCACAUGUUAUUUUUGUUUAUUUGUAAUUGUAUACAAAGCAGCUCUCUAGGCUUCAUAGUAAAGCGUAUAUUUGUCUUGUGAAAAUAGAAGGAUGUUCUAAGUUACUUAGAAUGGCUUUGUCUUUCCCCUCAUGCAUUGAAGUACUUGAUACUUGAUCAGCAGAAUGUGAGCGCAAUGUCUGUUCGAAAAAAGAGAAGCUCUAUGAAUUCAAAUCCAAAUCAGCAAACAGUGGAAAUGAUGAACAAAGCCAGUUUGGAUCAGGAUUUUUCACUGCCAUUAUUUGUUUUCUUUGUAAAUCUAAAGAAAGCAGCAGUCACCACUUUCAUUUUAUAAAGUAUGCGUUUUUCUUUAAGACCAAAACGGACUUUUUUUUUUUUUAAACGUCUUGCUUUGGAACUGUUUUUCUGUCCUGUCUGUUUGUCUUCCAUGUGUUCACACCAUUGAAACAAGACUGCCACAUUCUCUAUGAAUCACUCUCUCGAAUACGAAGUCAAAAGAACAAAACUUAAAGAAAGAUUUCAGAACAUCAGCAUUAUUUUCCUUCUGUGUUUUUUUUUUCUCUCUCUUUGCUUUGUGGAGAGUUUCCUUCCUUAACAAAAUGAUCGUGAAAUCCACUAGUCUUUGUGGCCUUGUUAUGCAUUUCAGUAUUCAAGAGCUUGUAUUUUUGCCGGCUGAAAAUUAAUCAAGGUUAUGAGUCAUCUUUUUGUCCGUUGUUUUGUUUUCCCUGUUGUUUUCCAUCUUUUUAUUUUUUUCUGUUCUGUUUUUCCUCUGUUGGAUAUGUUAGAUUUUGCUGUAUGCCCUGAUGCUUUCCCUCAUAACAAAAAAAAAUGUAUGAAAAGGAUAAAAAAAAAAAACAUUUGGCUUAUUUUUCACUAUAGUUAGUCUUUUAUACAAUAAUAUUGUAAGAACAUUUCUUGAAUUCUAAAUAUUACUCUUUCUAGAUUUUUGAAAUCAAAAGUUUUGAGUAAAAAGUUUCUUACUUUAUUUUACUAUAUUAGAUAGUAAAAAAAAAAUGUACGGUUAUUUACCAUAACCUGUCCAUUAUUAUAAAAAAGAUUAUGGAUAGCAUCUUAAGAACAUAAGUAGGAUUGUAGCUGGCAGUCUAGUAUGUAUGGGGUAUUGUACGAGCUCGAUGUUUCAGAGGAUGUGCUCUCCAUCUCUGUCUCCAGUCUGCAUUGUUGGUUGAUGAACGAUUUGUACCCAUGUCAGAAUUCAAGGUAUUGUCAAUGCACAUCAGAAAACCAGCAGUAAGAAGUCAAAUUCUUUUUUUUUUCUGUCUCUGUAACAGAAACACAAUAUGUAUAUAACAUUUAUGUAGCAAUAAAUGUGCCAUCUUUUUUAA